AGAAAGAAAAAAGAGGAGGAAGAGAACUAGGCAGCGAAGCAAAUGCAAAGAUGGAUAUCAGGAAAGUGUGUCUGCUAACUCUGCUCCUGGGCUUGGCUCAGCUUGCUAUAUUAGGAAGGUGCCAAGAGGAGGAGGAACAAGGUGGAAAAUCUGUUGCCAAUGAAGAUGAAGAAGAAGAAGAUGAUGACGACGACAACAAUGACACUGAGGACGAUGAUUCAGAAGUAAAAGAGGAAAAUGGUAUAUUGGUGCUGAAUGAUGUGAACUUUGAUACCUUUGUUGAGGGCAAGGAUACUGUGCUUCUAGAAUCCUAUGCACCAUGGUGUGGACAUUGUAAGCAGUUUGCUCCAGAAUAUGAGAAAAUAGCCAAAACACUGAAAGAAAGUGAUCCUCCAAUCCCAGUUGCCAAAAUAGAUGCUACAUCCGCCUCUACUGUGUCAGGCUGCUUUGAUGUUAGUGGUUACCCUACCAUCAAAAUUCUGAAGAAAGGACAGCCUGUGGAUUGUGAAGGCUCGAGAACUGAAGCAGUCUAGGAUUUUGA